CAGAACAUCCCCCGGGACCGCACACCCCACCCGAGGCUGCGAUCUGCCCCGCCCGGCACCGCACGCUGCCCUGGCACGGGCAGAGCGGCUGCAGCAGUGAAGCGAAGGCUGAAAAAGCCCUGGCGAUCUCCACGGGAUGCAAAGCAAAAGGAAACCCCAGCAGCCUGCAUCAGUCUGUCAGCAGGGUGACAGCAACUCCUUCACCAACCACAUGAACAGCUCUCCAGACUUGCUGCUUAGGUGCCUGCAAGACACGUACAGGUCACACAGAAAACAGAAGCAGAAGCUAACAGUGCAUCAUCUGGAAUCUGCAGCUGCCACUGACUAAGAAAGCAGCUCACAGGCAGAGGAUGGUCUAAGGCUCAGGCCUGGGAUGCUCAGCUGCUCCUCCUGCCUCUGCCUGCUCCGAGGGAUUCCCCAGGAACACUCCUGCCCAGUCCCAUGGUGAAGAGCUGGAGGGGCUGCCAAGGAGCUGCUGGCUGAGAGCAGCCUGUGCCCAGGGCACAGCCACACCCCUGCGGGUCCCCUGCCCCAGGGGGACGUGUCCCUGCUCUGCAAGGGCUCCUUCCAUUGCACGGACUUGCCAGAUGAACCUGUUCCAUUCUUCAAAGCAAAAGCCAAUUUUUUCUACCUUCUAGGAAGAAAUAAAUCUUUGUCAGGGAUUUGGGCAUCAAUUGAGAGCACAUCACCUCCUCUGAGUGCCCAUUUUACACAGGCAGAGCCCAGAUACAGUCACAUAAACAACUGCAUCAGCACACACCAGAGAGCUGCCCUGGCCCAGCUGGGGCCCCGCCAGCUGAGAGCAUUUGUUCACAACACAACAAUUCAAAGCUGACUGAAAAGGCUGAAGUCUCAUAAGAGAUAAAACUCUCAAUUUGUUCUUUUUUUUCUUUUCUGUUUGUUUCUCCAGUGAGAGAGAAUACUACAAUGCAAAUGAAAGCCACAGCCCAAUUCAGCUCCUCCAGGAAUGACAGCAACUGCACCAGCGACAGCAGGAUCAGCCAAGUCAUCUUCCCUUUACUCUACACAUUUCUGUUCCUGGUGGGGAUCACUAUGAACGGCCUGGCAAUGUGGGUCUUCUUUAAAAUAUCCAGUAAAUCAAAUUUCAUCAUCUUCCUGAAGAACAUUGUCAUUUCUGACUUCCUCAUGAUCUUGACUUUUCCAUUUAAAAUCCUCAGUGAUGCAAAGCUGGUAUCCUGGGUGCUGCGAGGGUUCGUGUGCCAGGUCACCCAGGUUGUGUUUUACUUCACCAUGUACAUCAGCAUCCUGUUUCUUGGUCUGAUAACUAUUGAUCGCUAUCAGAAAGCCACUUCCCCAUUCAGAACAUCAACUCCACGCAGCCUUUUAGCUGCCAAGAUCCUGUCCACAGCAAUCUGGGUAUCAAUGUUUGCUCUCUCCUUACCCAACAUGAUUUUAAAUAAUAAGAAGAAAACACCCAAGAGUGUAAGGAAGUGUGCUCUCCUGAAAUCCGAGUUUGGCUUAGUCUGGCAUGAAAUUGUAAACUACAUUUGUCAGCUCAUCUUCUGGGUUAACUUAGCAGUCAUAGUGGUAUGUUACAUCCUCAUCAGCAAGGAACUGUACAAAUCCUACAAAAGGAUACAAUGCGCAGGGAAGGCAUCCAAGAAGGCUGUCAAUCUCAAGGUUUUCAUAAUAAUUGCUGUGUUCUUUAUUUGUUUUGUGCCAUUCCACUUUACCAGGAUCCCCUACACCUUGAGCCAAACGAGAGAUGUGUUUGACUGCUCUGCUCAGAGCACCCUGUUCUACCUGAAGGAGACCACGCUGUGGCUGACAUCCCUCAAUGCCUGCCUGGAUCCAUUCAUAUACUUUUUCCUUUGCAAGUCAUUUAGGAAAUCCUUGCUAGACAUGCUGUGCAAGCACAGGGCAGUGUCAGGGCUCAGGGCACAGACAAAGGGGCAGAAUGAGGGGGAUGACACUGACGAGACGCCGCUCUAGAUCUCAGGACUCCACACGGCCCUCCCUGGCCACACGUGUUUAUUGAGGGUGGCAGGAGCACAAGUCCAUGAAGAGCAUCCAGAACUUCACUGACUUCUUUAGAAGUAGUCCUGCAGAUGAAGCACAAGCACCCUGGAACCACUGCCUGCAAAAACAGAAAGCUUAAAUAACAGAGGAGCUCCCCUGACCCCAACCUCCACGUCUGUCAGAACUGCUGGGAAGAAGUCUGAACUUAAAAGUGGAACUGUGAGGAAAAAAUUUAAAACAGAAUCAUGAAAUGCUACAGAUGAUAUAAUGAAAAUUCAGUAAAGAUUUUGCAGAAAUAGCUAAACUUGGGCCAGAGUAAAGUCCAUGACAACACCUGAGAAAUGCAGAUAAAAUCCACAGAUGUGCUUUUUCUAUACAGGGAGCUGUCACCCUGUAGGCAACUGGCAGACAAACAGAAACCUAGGCCAGAUGUAGAGGAGUCAUUUGUGCAGAUUUUUGCUUACACUUUGCUUAUCUCAUUCUGUGCUUGCAGUUCCUAAUCCACUGACCAGUAAUUAAUAGUUGUAUGUCAGAGGAAAUUAUUUCAUAAUCAGGCUUAUCUUGGUAUUAAUCAAAUCUCCAAAUCCUUCCCCCUACUACAUAAAUAAACAAAACUGUAUGUUUUCACAGAGAACAUUAUAUUAGAAAACAUACAAACACUCAAUUUACAUCAUACUGAGAUCUUGGGGAAAGACAGGCUCAUGGUAACCACUGAUGAUUAAGGGCAGCUUUUUGCACUAUAUAAAAUACUCAACCACUUCCCUUUUUGCACUUGGAAAAAACCAGGGAAGUAUUUUCAAGUACAUGACAUUUUGAGGUAUCACAGCAAUUGCA